AUGGUGAUGCAAGUUUUCAAGGUACUAUUAUCGGAAUGGCUUAACGAUUUUGUCGUUUCAAACAACGUCAAUAUCCUUAAUGGCGAGGGCCAAUUCGGCACAAGGGGCAAGGAUGCAAGCUUGCGCUCGUUAUAUCAGCAUCACUUGUCCCCGACACAACAUGAAAGAUCUUCAACUCACAAGAUGACUUCUAUCAUAUCUCCCGUCACACAUUCAUCAACUCCGUGGGCAAAGAUGAUACUCAAAUCUUCUUCACUUCGUGAAAUUCAAGAAAUGGAACCGCCGAACGAAAGCUGCUGCGUCUACGGUUACUACUCAUUCCACCGUAUGAUUUCAAAGGAAAAAUCAACACCCUCAAAUUCUUCUUACGAAAUCAUUGGCCCAAAUUUUGCUCGUCUUCUCCUUUCUACUUCUCCUGUAGUUAGUACACUAGCAUGGAAGUUUAACAAUUCUGCUCCUAAAAAAAACGCUUUAGAGAAAUUCAGAAAGAAAAAAGAGGAAGCAUAA